AUGCCACGGCGGAUAGAGGCUAUCGAUGACUAUGCGUCCGCAGUACCGCAGAUCAUUCUUUCAUCGUCAGAUGGCGAUUUCCUCGAUCACCUUAUUCCAGUCCUAAAGGAUGCAUCGAACUCCCGCCGAACGCCGGCUCUUAUUCAGUGUCUCAACCAAUAUACGGAAGACCGCGAGGCAGACAUCGAGCGAAUCGGGAUGACGAAGCACGAGGAGUUUCUAGACUCUGUCAAUCAGUUACAGAACGUUCGCGAAGAUGCCGUCGCGCUCAUCGCCGAGAUUUUGAAGCUAAAUCAAUCUAUUCAGUCCAGCACCGAACAGCUCGCGGAGCAAAAGAGCGCGUUGGUCAAUACAAAGGCUGUACGACAGAACAUCUCGGAUGCCUCUAACGCUCUAAAGGAGUCACUUAAAGUGCUCCACGCCGUCAAUCAUGCCCACGAACUUGUGCGGCGAAAGCAAUACUAUUCGUCUCUCAAAUCACUCGAAGACCUCCAAAAUGAGCACCUGGUUCCCAUAUUACAGAACCGCUACGCUACGCAACAUAGGCUCGCUGACGCCAUUCAAAAGUCCAUCCCCGCCUCCAGGAAAGCAAUUUCCGAGGCAGUCAUGGCUGAUCUAAACACAUGGCUUUUUCGCAUACGAGAAGCAUCUCAAUUCUUAGGAGAGCUUGCUUGGUAUUAUACUGAGCAAAGGCGGCUGCGGCAAAAAAAACGAAUUGAGGAAGACUCAUUCUUGUCCAAUUUCAAACUAAAUUCGUCCAUAGAGCUUGUUUGCGAUGAGAACGAAGAGCUUGACGUACUGGACAAUGAGGAACUCCAAAUCGCGUUCACUCCUCUUUUUGAAGCAGUCCACAUUCACGAGGCUUUAAACCAAGCAGAUCGCUUCCGUUCGGAGUAUGCCGCCACGCGUCGACAGCAAAAGGACUUACUCCUACCUAGCUCGAUGGACCUAUCUGCGGAGGACGAAUCGUCCCUCAGUAGCCUCUUGGAAGGCAUAACAGGAUUCGCAAUCAUUGAAAAGGCCACCAUGCGGCGCGUUCCACAUCUGCGAUCUGCCAUUGAGGUAGAAGAGUUGUGGGAAUCCAUGUGCAGCACAGGCAUCAAUGUAGCAUCGAAGGCACUGAACGAUGUGACGAAUGCUGAGGUGCUGCUCAAGAUCAAAGGAAUUGUUGCGUUGUUCAUUCAGACAAUGGAGGGGUACGGAUACCCUGUCUCGAGUCUGGAAACCUUUCUGCUCACACUAUUUGAUAAAUAUGCCGAGCUCCUAAGACGCAGAUUCAGUGACGACUUUCAAGAGAUUGUAUCAACAGAUGAUUACAUGCCCAUGGCAAUCAAUUCACAGGAAGAAUUCGACAAGGUUCUCAAUGUCAGCUGGUACACGCCAGAACAUAAUGUCGAAAACAUCACGUUCCCUUGCGUCCUGCCCUUCUCUCAAAUGUACCCUCUUUGUUGUAUCGACAUUCAGAAUUUCCUCAACCAGUUUUAUUUUUUCUCGGACGACCACUUUCAGCAUUCAGAUGUUAUUGACGAAUCACUGCGGCAGUCCCUCGAUGAGCUUCUGACAGAAAAGGUCUGUCGAUCUCUUGUUGAGCGGCUCAGCUCUCAGUAUCUCGGUCAAAUCGUUCAGAUUCUGAUCAAUCUGGAGCAUUUCGAAACAGCAUGCCAAGAACUAGAGCUUCUUCUUAUAAGCGCAAGGUCUUCCACUUCAGCUGGCGGCCCAUUGAAGCUCAACGCCACUGAGGAGUUUCGAAAUAACAAAAAGACGGCGGAGAAGCGGAUUUUUGAGCUUGUUAACUCGAAGAUUGAUGACCUUGUAGACACAGCUGAAUACGACUGGUUUACGACAACCGAUCCAUCAGAGCCCAGUUCUUAUAUGCAGACGCUUACUCGUUAUCUCUCAAAUAUCAUGAACUCUACCCUUUUGGGCCUUCCCCGAGAAAUUAAAGAGCUCAUUUACUUCGACGCAUUGAGCCAUACUGCGAGUAAGAUAUUGGCACUCCCACUCUCACCCGAGGUCAAAUCUAUUAGCUCAAGCGCUGUAUCAGCCCUUUCACAGGAUGUCCAAUAUUUGACGGAAUUCGUCGAUAGUCUUGAGAACGGCGAGAUGCUCAAGGAAAACUUGGAUGAGUUGCAACAAACUGUCAACCUCCUACAAUCCGAUAAUCACGAUGAAUUCUACGAUAUGUCAGUGCGUAAUAAGAAGUAUAACCGAGUCGACGCCCUCAACGGCCCUGUUUUGCUAGAGAAGCUCAACAGCAGUGCCGCGCAGACGUCUAGCAGAGGUGCGCCGCUAUCCAAUUUAUCUUCUAGGUUCGGAAUGAUGAAAUGA